AAAGUGUAGCUAAAAAACACUUAAUAAAUUAACGCUUACGCACCAUAAAUUUACCGGAACUGUACUCCUUAUCCUGAACUGUACACGGAACAUUCAAAAGUAACACUAGGAAUGCUAGCCCACUGUAUAGCUUCGCCGGUUGUUACUGUCAGUCACUUUCAUUUAUGUAUUUACUCAUUUGAGCUCAAUAAUUACGGGGCUUAUUGGCAGUCUCUGCUGCCUGCUUACCACUUUGUCGUAAAAAUAAUCGCUGGUGAACUCUGCUGUGAUGCCAAGAUGAGAGAAGGAUCUUGUGCAACCAUGGAGAAGCCCUGGAGGCUGUGGGGGGCGAUGGAGCGUUGCACCCUGACUCUGGUCUCCUGGUCCUGGGGUGCUUGCCGGGUCUCCCUUUUGGCCCUCAUCCUCACCUUCCACUUAUAUGGAGGGCUUUUUCUCCUUGCACUCAUUCUUGCAUCCGUGGCAGGAAUCCUCUAUAAAUUUCAGGAUGUUCUCCUCUACUUCCCCGAUCAGCCAUCCUCUUCUCGCCUUUACGUUCCCAUGCCAACAGGAAUCCCUCAUGAGAACGUGUACGUGCGCACCAAGGACGGCGUGAAGCUCAACCUCAUCCUGCUUCGCUACACCGGAGGGGACACGCCUCCUGGAGUCACCUCUGGGAACCAGGGCAGCCCCGCUUCCACCGCUCCGCCCACGAUCCUCUAUUUCCACGGUAACGCCGGUAACAUCGGUCACCGGGUGCCGAACGCUCUUCUGAUGCUCGUCAACCUAAAAGCUAACGUGGUGCUGGUGGACUAUCGCGGCUAUGGAAAAAGCGAAGGAGAACCCAGUGAGGAGGGACUGUACCUGGAUGCCGAGGCCACGCUGGACUACGUCAUGACCCGUCCCGAUCUGGACAAAACAAAGGUGGUGCUCUUCGGCCGCUCAUUGGGAGGUGCUGUGGCCGUCCGCCUGGCAUCGGCCAACCCCCACCGCGUGGCGGCCAUCAUUGUUGAAAACACCUUCCUGAGCAUCCCCCACAUGGCUGCGACCCUCUUCUCCUUCCUGCCCAUGCGCCUGCUGCCCCUGUGGUGCUAUCGGAAUCAGUUCCUGUCCUAUCGGCAGGUGCCGCAGUGCCGCAUGCCCUCGCUGUUUGUGUCGGGCCUGUCGGACCAGCUCAUCCCACCCGUCAUGAUGAAGCAACUUUACGAGCUGUCUCCUUCUCGGACUAAACGCCUCGCUAUCUUCCCAGAGGGCACACACAACGACACGUGGCAGUGUCAGGGUUACUUCUCCGCUUUGGAGCAGUUCAUCAAAGACUUGCUGAAGAGCCACGCCAACGAAGAGAGCGCUCAGCCCACAGCGAGCGUCACCAUUAUCUGA